AUGGCACAAGACCUACACCCUCGUCAUGGCCUGUCGUUCGAGAUUCAGCGAAGGAGCCGUCUGGUGGAAUGUCUCACGGCAGAUGCGCUCGUUGCUGCCGGUUCAGCAACGCUGGUGACGCCCGCCGUCAUGAUUCUCGACAGACUGGUCGUUGAGAAAUCGUCCCACAAUCAACCGCUCCUCCCGGCAUUUCGUCGACACCUCUGGCUGUCCAUCACGCAGCCCGCCACUUUUCUCACCUCCCGACCUAGUCUGCUCGUCUGGGGCCUCUACACGGCAACCUUUGCAACGGCCAACGCAACAGACACGGUCUUAUCGCAGGUCUACCCACACAUGGACCAGGCGAUCGCCGGCCUGACGACCUUCCUCUCCACCUUCGUCGUCAACUCGUCCGUCGGGAUCUGGAAAGACGUCAAAUUCGCCCAGCUCUUCGGCCAACCACACAACCCACCAGUGACGGCUUCCCCAACGCCCACUUCAACGCCCCAGGCCGGAGCACCGCGCACAACCACCCCACCAGCGCCAAAAAGCGCAAUCCUCCGCGCAAUGCCCCGGUCCAAGAUCCCCCUAGCCACCUACUCAGCCUUCCUCCUCCGCGACGGCCUCACCAUCUUCGGAUCCUUCAACCUGCCCUCCAUCAUCUCCCCCUACAUCCCCGACGAGGUAGCCUCGGGCGAGUUCUCCAAGAUCCUGAUCGCGCAGAUGGCCAUCCCAGCCUCGAUCCAGCUCAUCAGCACCCCAAUCCACCUCUUCGGCCUGGACCUAUACAACCGGCCACACCCGCUGUCCGCCCGCGACCGCAUGGCGCGCGUCAGCCGCGACUGGAUCGGAGCCAGUCUCACACGCAUGUGCCGCAUUAUCCCCGCGUUCGGGAUCGGCGGGUUCGCCAACAACGAGGGCCGGGCAUUGCUUCAUGGCCAGCUGCGCGCGUGGGACGAGGAAUGA